CAAAAUAUGCGGAGUAUUCCAAGCGGGCAUGUUAUGAUACAAGAUGGCGGCACGAUCUGCACGUUUCUUAUUUCGUGGGGGAUCUGUGGCGAAUUCAUUUUUAAAGAGUUCAAACGGGAAUGCAAAAUUGUGCACCUCUUCAAAUCUUGCACGUCUUGUUAAAGGAGCAAAUUCAAACUCACUUAAAUCAAGAUGUUUGUCACAAUUUUUACCUGCAUUGCAUGUACAAGCAGGAUGCAAGUUUGGUAUAACGCCUCUCGGCGCACUUAAUUUAUUAGAGAAGAGUUUCGCAUCGAAGCAACACGCACUAACACUUGCAAUUAAUGAAAGUGAAGUUACAUCUGUUGAAGAAAGCGAUGAGGACGAUGAGGCUACAUUAUACAUAUUGAGUGAAAUGUUUUCAACCAUCUGGGCAUGUGAUGAUGUUGGAUAGUAAAGAUAAAAAGAUAUAGGACAUUUUUUGAUAAACACAACUGUUUUACUGUCACGCUUAAUGUACUAUUUUUUUAUGAAUACUUUAGAGUCACGAUACAACGAUACACCAUGUAUUUUCUUAUCAUAUUGUUGAUAACCAACACAAUGUAUUUUAUGUUGAGUGGAUAAAACUGUUGUUAUUUUGCUAUUUUAUUAUAUUUUGCUUUUAUUUUUAAACUA